AUGGCAACAGGUGGUAGUGCUGGUGGCGGUGGCUCGGGCGGGGGACGUGGUGCGCAGAAGCGAAAGGGAAAGCGGCAUGCGGCCGGUGGCUUGUCGUCGUCGUCGUCGUCGUCUGCGUCUGCGUCUGCGUCUGCGUCGGUUUCUGUGUCGUCGUCGAGCACACAUGUGGAGGUCCGGGCGGGGACGCUGAAGCAUGACGACGCAAAGAGGGUGCCGGGCAAGGUCAAUCCGUUUCUUUACACUGGAAAGAGCUCUGUGUACGAGAAGAUCAAGCUGACGUUCAUGACGGUGACGUUCUUCCCUGUCCGGCUCAUUCUCAUUCUGCUCUCACUCGUCUUUAUCUCGAUGUUCUGCUGGCUGGCGACGGUGGGACUCUCGCGCGAUCGGCUGGCGUCGCAGCCGAUUGCUGGUUGUCGGCGAGUCUUCCUCGUCAUUGCGCAAUACAUUCUCCGCUUUGCCAUCUUUGUGGCCGGCUUUUACUGGAUCUCGACGUCAGGCAAGCGGUCGAAGAAGGUCGGGCUUGUGGCGUGCGGGCCGCACACCAACUUUCUGGAUCCUGCCUUUAUGUAUUGGCUCUACUGGCCUUCGGGCGUGUCUGCUGCGGAGAAUGCGCGAGUCUGCUUUGUGGGCGCCAUUAUCCGGGCGUCGCAGGCUAUUCUCGUCGACCGCGGCGACCCCGAGUCGCGGCGCGCCGUGAUGGACCAGAUCCGGAUGCGGGCCGAGUCGGACGAGCCGUGGCCGGCGACGCUGCUCUUCCCAGAGGGCACGUGUACGACCGGCAACGCGCUCAUCACGUUCAAGGCCGGAGCGUUUGUGCCGGGCGUGCCUGUCCAGCCUGUGGCGCUCAAGUACCAGUUCUCGCACUUUGAUCCGUCAUGGGUCCCGACUGGGCCCGGCAAGGCGUACCUGUUUUGGCGCAUUCUCUGCCAGUUUGUCAACCGGGUUCACAUCACGUACCUGCCUGUGUACAGCCCCAGCCGCGAGGAGAAGAGCAAUGCCAAGCUGUUUGGAGCCAACGUGCGGGCGGUCAUUGCCAACGAGCUCGGCGUGCCGGUGACGGAGCACACGUACGCCGACAACGUGCUGGCGAAUGCGGCGAUCCGGCGUAAGUUCCCGCCCGAGGCGGCGGUCGUCGAGUUUGGCGCGCUGCACCAGGUCUACAACUACUCGCUCGACGACGUCAAGCUACUGCUGGACCGGUUUGCAGCGGCCGACACGGACGGCGAUGGGCUUGUCUCGGAGGUGGAGUUCGCGGAGCUUCUCGGCCUCGAGCUCUCGGAGCCGGUCUCGCUCGCAUUCCAGAUGUUCGACACCGACUCGUCGGGGCUGAUCGACUUUCGAGAGUGGCUCAUCGGCAUUGCGCUCGCCAAUAACCAGUCUGACCGCGAGGAGGUCCUCAGCUUUGCCUUUCAGCUAUUUGACCCGCACGGUAAGGGCCGUAUCUCGCGUGAGCGGUUUGUCUCGUUCAUCGGCAGCGUGUUUCCGGCCAUGACGGGCGAGUCUGCGGCGGCGCUCUUUGACCGGGUCGACGCGCGGCAGCGCGGCUACCUCUCGUUCAAGGACUUCAAGGCCUUUGCGGGCGCCCAUCCCGAGUACUACCACGUCUUUCUCCAGUGGAACGCCGGCCACGAGGUCGACAUCGACGAGUGGCGGACGCGGGCGUCUGUCGAGUACGGCUUUAACUCGGAUGAGGUCUCGACGUACUCGCCGUCGUACGAGUACGAAGGAGAUGAAUCAUAA